GUUGGGCCUAGCCUCUUUUGACCUCUCACCCUGGAUGAGAGCCAUGGAGGAGGAGGAAAUGGUUGAGGCUCCGCACCCCAGCCGCCGCGAGGACUUGUGGACCCCAUUCCUGGCCGUGGCCGACGGCCCGGCACCUCCGCCGGAGGGACCUGUGGAGUCCGGCUUGGAGGAGCUGCUGCGGGCCCAGCAGCAGGAUCUGCUGAAACGCCUGGACGCGCAGGACGAAGUGCUCAGGCGUUUGCAGCACCUGAUGCUCACCAGACUCGCCAGCCCCUUCGACAGCACUGGCACCGCGUGUCCUGCAGCCCAUGUCCAAACGUCCACGUCGGCGCCGUUGCCGCCGCUGGCGCCCGCGCAUGCACCGCUGGCUUCGCCGCCGGGGCAAGUCCGGACGUCGAAGCACAGCAGCCCUUUGAGCCUGACAAGCGAUCAAGAGAAGGUCUUCCACACCUUCACGGAGGCGGACCUGGCGCUGAGGCACCAGGCGGCCAAGGUGGACGGGGAGAUCAGCCGGGAGCUCUUCGCCUCCACGGGAGAUCACACCGCCACCGGCACCGCCAAGGGGCUGAAGUCCCGGUCCAAGACGACGAUGAGAGGGAGUUCGUGGGUGCGCAAGGUGGUUUCUGCGCCGGCCUUCGACAUGUUCUUCGCGGUAAUUGUCAUCACGAACUCGAUUUUCAUCGGUGUGGAGGUUGAGAUGAGCCUGAGCACGUUGAACCCAGAGCCCGUGGGCCUUCAAAUCCUGCAGAUCGUCUAUACGGUGCUCUUUGCCUUUGAGCUGGGCAUGCGCGUUUGGGCUUUUGGAUUCGGCUUUUUCUGCGGCUCUGACUGGAUCUGGGCCUGGCUGGAUGCGCUCAUCGUGUCCACAUCGCUGGCUGAGCUUGCGGUGGAUUUCAUCAACAAGGUGCGCUCGGCGGGCGGGGACUUAGAUUCCUCCGCGAUGGGCAGCUUCACCGGCUUCAAGGCCUUCCGGCUCAUCCGCAUCACCCGCCUCCUGAAAACGCUCCGCGUGGUGCGGAUCUUCCGCUUUGUCAUGGCGCUGCGGACGCUGGUGACCUCCAUCGUCUUCACGCUGCGAUCCCUCUUCUGGGCCUUGACCUUGCUGGGGCUGAUCAUCUACGUGUUUUCGGUACUCAUAGCCCAAGCGGUGAACAACUACAUCGCCGAUCCGCUGUCUCCAGCCUUGGGCGCCGACGAGCUUGAGUAUGCCCAGAAAUACUUCAGCUCCCUUCCGGUGACCAUGCUGAGCCUCUUUAUGAGCAUCUCUGGUGGGGUGAGCUGGGAGGAGCUGGUGUCUCCACUGCAGGCGAUCUCAGUCCUGUGGGUCUUUGUGCUGCUGUUCUACGUGUCUUUCACAUACUUUGCGGUCCUCAAUGUGGUAACUGGUGUGUUCUGUCAGUCAGCGAUUGAUAGUGCCCAGAACGACCAUGCCAACGUGGUCCACGCCAUGUUGGCCAACAAGGAGGCGCACGUGGAAAAGAUCAAGGCGCUGUUCAGCAAGCUGGGUGCGGACAAGACCGGGGUUAUCACAUACGCAAUGUUUGAGGAGGGCAUCAACUCCCCGGCCGUCGCGGAGUAUUUUGAGACGUUGGGGCUUGACGUGUGGGACGCAUGGUCGUUCUUCAAGCUCCUGGAUUUGGACAAAGGUGGUGCUGUGGAGAUCGAGGAGUUCUUCAAAGGGUGCAUGAGGCUCCGGGGCCAGGCGAGGGGCGUGGACGUGGGCAAGCUCUUGCACGACCAGAGUUGGCUCAUCAAGAACACAGGGCACUUCCAGGCCUACAUGGAGCACAAGAUGAAGAACCUCACUGACAUGAUGUCUGCUUUUACCGGCAUCCCCUGCGAUUCUUGGGGACGAACGGUCUCAAACUAGGGGACCUUUCGCCGAAAAGGAGCCAAGUAUUGAACUGAGCAGCGCUUGCUGACAUGCCAACA